GAGUGAAGCAUCGUUUAGAGAGAUCACUUUAGACAUCAUGGAGUUCAAGUGUCUACUGAUUGAACAAUCUGGUGAUCCAGACAAAAGUUCUGAAAACCGUGUUGUGGAACUCCGUUUUCCAAACCAUGGAAGUGUUGGAGAAGGUUCAUUUAAACGGAAAUCUAAAUCUUCUCCGUAUGGUGACAACGACGACAACAAUUAUGAAACUAUGGCGAUGAUUCACCAGCAAAUGUACGGCCCGGGAUGUUCGUAUUAUAACUUUGCAUAUUGUAUACCUCCCCGGGACGACCUUGAGGAUAAAACUCCUGUUGUUCAGCCUCCUGCAAAAACAACAAGGAUCGAUUCAUCGUAUGUUGAAUCUCCUGCAAUGAUGUCAGAGCGCAGCGGUGGUCCGUCUAAGGCUGUUACUUAUAAGCCGAAAUCCAGCGUUACAAAAGGCUCACGUAAACGACAACGCAUGUUUUCUCGUGAUGGUGAGACUGUUACUAAGCCUCCCCGAGACAACCUUGAGGAACAGGAUGUAACUCCGGUUGUUCAGCCUCCUGCAAAAACAACAAGGAUCGAUUCAUCGUAUGUUGAACCUCCUGUGAUGAUGUCAGAGUGCAGCGGAGGUACGUCUGAGACUUUUACUAACCAGCCAAAGUCCAGCGUUACAACAGAACACCUUAAACAUAAGUGCAAGUCUCCUCAUCAUGGUGACAAUGACGACAAGUAUGAAACUAUGGCGAUGAUUUGCCAGCAAAUGUACGGCCCAGGAGGUCCUUAUUAUAACAUUGCAAAUCGUAAACCUCCCCGGGACGACCUUAAGGAUAAAACUCCUGUCAUUCAGCCUCCUGUGAUGAUGUCAGAGCGCAGUGGUGGUACGUCUGAGACUGUUACUAACCAGCCAAAGUUCAGCGUUAGAACAGAGCAUCAUAAAUAUAAGUGCAAGUCUCCUCGUCAUGGUGACAACGACGACAUCAACUAUGAAACCAUGGCAAUGAUUUGCCAGCAAAUGUACGGCCCGGGAGGUCCUUAUUAUAACUUUGCAAAUUGUAAACCUCCCCGGGACGACCUUGAGGAUAAAAAUCGUGUUGUUCAGCCUCCUGCGAUGAUGUCAGAGCGCAGUGGUGGUACAUCUGAGACUUUGACUAAACAGCCAAAGUCCAGUGUUAGAACAGAGCAUCAUAAACAUAAGUGCAAAUCUCCUCGUCAUGGUGACAAUGACAACAACAAUUAUGAAACCAUGGCAAUGAUUCGCCAGCAAAUGUACUGCCCGGGAGGUCCUUAUUAUAACUCGACAUAUCGUAAACCUCCCCGGGACGACCUUGAGGAACAGGAUGUAACUCCUGUCGUUCAGCCUCCUGCAAAAACAACAAUGAUCAAUUCAUCGUAUGUUGAACCUCCUGCAAUGAUGUCAAAACGCAGUGGUGGUACGUCUGAGACUUUUACUAAUAAGCCAAAGUCCAGCGUUACAACAGAGCACCUUAAACAUAAGUGCAAGUGUCCUCAUCAUGGUGACAACGACGACAAGUAUGAGAAUAUGGCGAUGAUUUGCCAGCAAAUGUACGGCCCGGGAAGUCCGUAUUAUAAUUUUGCAAAUCGUAAACCUCCCCGGGACGACCUUGAGGAUGAAACUCCUGUUGUUCAGCCUCCUGCAAAAACAAUAACGAUCGAUUCAUCGUAUGUUGAAUCUCCUGCAAACAUGUCAGAGCGCAGCGGUGGUCCGUCUGAGGCUGUUACUAAUAAGCCGAAAUCCAGUGUUACAAAAGGCUCACGUAAACGACAACGCAAGUCUUCUCGUGAUGGUGAGACUGUUACUAAGCCUCCCCGGGUAAAAAAGGAUAAAACUCCUGUCAAGAAGUCGCCUGCAAAACCAUCAAAGGUUGAUUCAUCACAUGUUGAAGCUCCUGUGGUGUUGGAGCACAGUGGUGAUACAUCAGCAAAGUCCAGCGUUACAGACGGCUCGCGUAAACGACGACACAAGUCUUCUCGGGAUGGUGAGACUGUUACUAAGCCUCCCCGGGUAAAAAAGGAUAAAACUCCUGUCAAGAAGUCGCCUGCAAAACCAUCAGAGGUUGAUUCAUCACAUGUUGAAGCUCCUGUGGUGUUGGAGCACAGUGAUGAUACAUCAGCAAAGUCCAGCGUUACAGACGGCUCUCGUAAACGACGAUGCAAGUCUUCUCGUGAUGGUAAAACUGUUACUAAGCCUCCCCGGGACGACCUUGAGGAUAAAACUCCUGUCAAGAAGUUGCCUGCAAAACCAUCAAAGGUUGAUUCAUCACAUGUUGAAGCUCCUGCGGUGUCAGAGCACAGUGGUGAUACAUCUGAGUCGAAGCUUUUUACCAGCCAAGCAAAGUCCAGCGUUACAGACGGCUCGCGUAAAAGACGACGCAAGUCCCCUAAUGACGGCAAUACCGCCCUCAAAGUUCUCGGGAUGAUGAUUCACAAGAAACUGUACGGUCCUGGUGGUCGUUAUCAUGAUUUGGUAAAGCAUAAACGACCCCGGGGUGAGGACAAGGACAAGAAAAAAGAUUCCUCUAAACGUGCCAAAAAGUUCUGCUCUUCCCAAGAUCGUUCUGACACACAACCGAGAGCCCAAGGAAAAGGCAAAACUAAAAAGCAGAUGAAGUCUGCUGAAGGGGAUGGUGGUGCUGAAACCCGCAGCAGCCAAACCACUGAGCCGACUUUAUCAGAGGAACAAACUGGAGAACAUCCCAAUGUUGAGACAGUAACGUGUGGAAUGUUACAUUUGAACUCCUUUACACUUCCUCUCCUCCACCUAAUACAAAAGAUCCUUUGUGUUAUGUUAAAUACAUUUAUAAAUACAUUCCCAUAUUAUUUGCUCCAUUAAAAAAUCUCUAAUA